AUCCUUUCCAUGGAGAGCGGGAGGAUUUGGACAGGGGUUUAUAAACCCUCAAUUGAAGCGCUUAUCAUCCCAUAAACCCCAGUAUCUUUGAUAUCUAUUCUUCCCUCCAGCGCGCUUGGGAGUUCGUAAUAGCUCGAAAAUCUGGACCGGGGAAGCUCCAAAUAUCUUCAGACAGAGCGAUUUCCCUGCUUUCAGCUGGCUCCGAGUAACAGUAUUGACAUAAAGUCGGCGUGUAAGCUUACGAGGAGACCUAGUUGAGAUAUUCAGUUAAGUCGAGGUCUAACUACAGAGUAAUGGGGCAGUUGUGAGCGCCUUUGUUUGUGUUUAGUUUUGAUAUGGAUUUCGGUCUCAUCUGUGUUCCCGACGUCCAAGCUCCUUUUGCUCCUUUCUGUUCUUAACAGGUUUCAGUCUAUGCCGUUUGGAAACUGAGAAAAUGAUGUUUCUCCAAGCCCCUUCUGUCUCGAUGCCCGUUUCACCUCAAUAUACAGUUCAUAGUGCUACUUUGCAUCGAUUCUUAACCGUUCCUAUUGAGUAUCAGACUUUUAAGCCGUCUCGUUAUUCUAGAUUUCAUUCAGUCAGUAUUUUGCCGAAUCUUGUACACUUUAGUCACAGCCGAAAACUUCCUUGCCUUGUUCUUUCGUCAAAAUCGAGUUCAGAACAGGAUUCUCAGCCUAGUGCUGAUUCUAAAGUGAAACCAAAGUCGAGAAGUCGCAGUAGGAAAAGCAAGGCUUCUGAAAAGGAGGAAGAAAAUGAUGAUAGGAUUUUCCCGACAACAAUCCCAAGGAAGCCUCGACGUGGUCGUAGAAGUGAAGCUGCAGCUCUUGAAGAUUAUGUUCGCAACACACUUGAACAAACGUUUGCAUCAAUACGACAGCAAAAUGCAGAAGUAAUGGAAAAUAAGGAAAACGUAUUCAAGGAAAAGGUUGACGACGAGGUUGAAUCUGAAAGUAGUGACGAUGAAGAGGACGAGGACGAAGAAGAGGAGGUAGAAAAAAGUGAUGGAACUGGACGGAAUAAGAAGAAGAAGAAGAUAGUGGUGGAGGAAGAAGAUCCAAAUUGGCCUUUGGAUGCCGAUGUGGGAUGGGGAGUUCGAGCAUCCGAGUACUUUGAACAGCACCCGAUCAAGAACGUAGUUGGGGAUGAUGGUGUCGAAAUUGACUGGGAAGGGGAAAUUGAUGACAACUGGGUGCAGGAAAUCAACUGUUUGGAGUGGGAGAGCUUUGCUUUUCAUCCUAGUCCACUUGUUGUUCUUGUUUUCGAAAGAUAUAACAGGGCAACUGAUAAUUGGAAGACUUUGAAAGAACUUGAGAAAGCACUACAAGUGUACUGGAACGCAAAAGAUCGAUUACCACCCCGGUCGGUUAAAAUCGACAUCAAUAUCGAGAGAGAUCUAGCCUACGCUCUGAAAGUUAGAGAAUGUCCUCAAAUUUUAUUUUUAAGAGGAAACAAGGUCCUAUACCGGGAAAAAGACUUUCGGAUGGCGGAUGAACUGGUUCAGAUGAUUGCAUUUUUCUAUUACAAAGCAAAGAAGCCGUUAUGGAUCAAUGACAAAGCUUUGGCUCGACCGUUUUGAGCUCGAAGUCCUGUCCGGAUAGACGUACAGAGGAUUUAUAUACGUUCUCACACGUACAUAUGAUCGUUUUCAGGCGAGAACUUCAAAACAAGUACGUUCAUUUUCUGAGAAUCUUUUAUGCAUUCUUUAGCUUAAAGAUAGAUUUGUGAUGGCAGUAGAAUCUGAACUCAAUAGAUGUUUUUCUUUGGUCUCCUGUGAACUGCUAUUUGUCUGUAAAAAACUAGAUACUCAUUCCCUUUAAGAUGGAGGUUCAAAUGCUCGUA